CGCGCAUGGCAGCGGCACACAGUCGGCCCGCGCCUGCCACCCGCGGUCUACUGCCUCGGCCCGGGCUCCAGCCCGCGCGACUCCGCAUUCUGCCGACACACCAUGUAGACCAACCUACAUGUAAACUUAAGGAAUAAAGUAUAAAGUGAUAAUUAUGACAAGCAAUAUUUUAAUAAAAUAUAAUGGAUACGAGAAAGCUCUUUAGAGAGCGGGAAAAGUUAUCUUUGAGCAUAUCACAAGUAUGGACAUUCAGAAGACGCACCUGUGUCCGCGGCUGGUAGAUUAUCUGACGAUCGUCGGGGCCCGGCCCUACACCUCGGGCAAGGGACUAGCGCCCGUUCAGGCACCGGAGCUCCUCCGCCGCUACCCGCUGACGAACCACGAUGACUUCCCGCUGCCGCUGGACAUGGUGUACUUCUGCCAGCCCGAGGGCUGCGUGUCGGUGGGCCCGCGCCGCGCGCCUGGCAACCUCACCUCGAGGGACACCACCUCCUUCGUCUUCACACUCACCGACAAAGACUCGGGCAAGACGCGGUACGGCAUCUGCGUCAACUUCUACCGCGCGGUGGAGCGCGCGCCAGCGCCGGGCCCGGGUCAGCGCUCCAUGUUGCGCCGCGAAUCCUGGCGCAAAUCCAUGGAGAAGAGUUCUGACUCCGCCUUCUCUAGUGACUAUAGGAGCAGCAACGUGGCGCCGAGCGACUCGGAGCGCGACUGCAGCGCCGCGCUGGCGCCACGCCUGGCCGCCGCACCCGACUCCGAGAGCGGCGGCUCACACUCGCCCAGCCCGCGCGCCUCCAGGAAGCGACAGGUACCCACUCAUCCAAAACGAGUGCGGAAUCAUUCCCUGACAUCGCUGUGCCUGCUGUCGCAUCAUCCAUUUUUCUCCACAUUCCGAGAGUGCCUGUUUAUCCUUAAAAAGUUAAUAGAUGCAUGCAAUGAGUCUUCCAGUCCGCGACGUGUUGGAGCGUCCAGACAAAUAUUUAGGGAUACAGUGUGGUCAGUGCUGACGGGGCAAGCGUACGACAACACUCCAACCAUCGUAUUACACGACGUCAAAGAGAUAGAAACCUGGAUCCUGCGGCUUCUGUCUGCGCCUGUACCCGUGCCCGGCAAGACUCGUGUGGAACUCGAAGUGUUGUCACCAACGGCACACGCGCCGCUGCUGUUUGCAUUACCUGACCACACCCGGUUCGCGCUCGUUGAUUUCCCCUUGCAUCUGCCUUUGGAACUGUUGGGCGUAGACACCUGCCUGAAGGUCCUGACACUGAUCCUGUUGGAGAACAAAGUGGUGGUGCAGUCGCGCGACUAUAACGCGCUGUCAAUGUCAGUGAUGGCGCUGGUAGCCAUGUUGUACCCGCUGGAGUACAUGUUCCCGGCCAUACCACUGCUGCCGUCGUGCAUGGCCUGCGCGGAACAACUGCUGCUGGCGCCCACGCCCUUCCUCAUCGGCAUUCCCGCUACGUUCCUCACUUACAAGAAGAACUUCAGAUUGCCAGAUGACAUAUGGCUAGUAGACUUAGACGCGACGAAACUGAUAUGCCCCACGGGCCAAGACCAAGACCUACCUCCUCUACCAGAGCCAGAGGGUUCUGUCUUAAAGAACCAUCUUAAACAGGCUUUAAGCAGUCUUACCACGAGCACAGCGGAGCAGGCGAGCGCACAACUCAUGCCGUCUAGGAGAGACAGCGUCGGUGGUGCUACACUCAAAGUGCAGCAGCCGUCAUUCAAGGACGGCGCGCAGUCGGCGCCGCACAGCACGCCCGAGUCCCGCCGCGUGUCGCUGAGCAGCGGCGGCGCCGUCAGCGCGGGCCACACGCCGCAGCGACACUCGCUGGCCGCAGGGCAGGCGCCCCCCUUCAAUCCACUCAUAUACGGACAGGACGUCGACUCCGUUGAUGUCGCUACUAGAGUUGCUAUGGUCCGUUUCUUCAACUCGCAAAAUAUCCUAGCUAACUUUAUGGAGCACACUAGAACGUUGAGGUUAUACCCGCGACCGGUGGUGGCGUUCCAAAUAAAUAGCUUUCUUCGGUCGAGACCCAGGACUACGUCUUUCUUGAAUAAAUUCGCGAGAACGCAGGCCGUAGAAUUCCUGGCGGAAUGGUCUCUAACUCCAUGCAACGUGGCGUUCCUGCGGGUGCACACUGGGCUGUGGGACCCGCGGCAGGUGGGCGAUAAGCCCAAGUGGUUCGCGGACCAGCUGCAGCCCGUGCGCUUCGCCGUUUGGGACGACGGCAGCUCGCUCAAUGGCGCGCUGCGGCAACUACAGCGGCAAGAGAAUCAACCCACUGAUGAAAGUGGCUCCGACUCCGAAGCUGCAGAAAGCACAAGUUCAUCGUAUUCAUCUCUUAGCGAUUUUGUAUCUGAAAUGGUUUCCUCUGACUUAUCACCAGGUGGAAAUCAGCACGUUAUCGGAGAAACAUACAGCGCGGUCGUUCAAGUACCAAUGACGCUCUCUUCAUCUUUAGACCCUAAAACGGUGUACAGCCCGCCGUCAUCGCUGAUGUACGGCGACGAGGCGGCGGGGGCGGAGGCGGCGGGCGGGCGCGCCUCCACGUCGCCUUCGCCCUCCGCCUCCAGCUCCGACCACAGCGACCUCUCCGAGGACGACGCGCGCGACGCCCACGCCCCGGACACACACACCGCGCCUGUCAAAAAAAGUGACACGGACAGCGGUAGUUUCGGGCGCGAGUCGGACUCGAACUCGACGACGACGCCGAAGACCGUGGUGUCGCGGCCGCGCGCCGCCGACAGCGGCUCCGCCAGCGACUCCGAGCGCGCGCCCCACGCGGCACACGCGCCGCCCGCGCACCUGCAACAUAUCAAGAGUACAAACACGGGCGUAUCAAGACAGGCGUCACAGAGUUCACUACUGGAGCAAUUCGCGGCGCAAGCUAAGGAACUCGUGAGAGAGACCACACGACAGAGCAGUCAGGAGGGGCUACUAGCACAUAUGGACAAGCUCACUCUGCACGCUAAGAAAGCUGCUGAGGAGGCGUCAAAGAGUAUGCAAGAGGCGUCGAAGUCGGCGUUGGAAGCGAGCAAAACUGCCACAGCCGUCAGCAAGAAUACUUUCGAAGAUCUAACCUAUGUAGGGAAGUCCACUCUUGGAGAUCUCACUAAGAGUGCAAAGGAAGUUGCUGCCAAGAAGGGACUGCUGAUGAAGGGUGAUAGUCAGGAGUUAUCUAGCGGCCCCUCCCGCCGGGACUCGACGGCCCUACAAACGACCAACUUGCUGACUGCGACGCACCGCGACUUCUUUUCCAACAUCAGCUCAGAUCUGAACGGCCUCGCCGCAUCUACCUCCAGCAUGUUUAGUGACUUGUUUGGGUCAAAAGGCAAACAGCACCGCGGAGCGGAGACGCCGCGCAGCAGCCAGUCUCAGCCCCCGCCGCUGACAGCCACCUUCGGGCCGUUCUCGCAGGGCGCGCGCGGCCUUGUGCAGCGCACGCCGCUCAUACGGCACGCGACCCCGCCCAAGGAACAGAUAACGCCGCAAACGAGGUCCUCCGCCAACACUGAGAAUCAGGCCUUUUUGAACGACCUAAUUCAACACGUGUUGGAAGGCGAGGGCGUGGGGUGGCUGAAGUUGAAUCGCCUGAAGAAAUUGAUGGAGGACGAGUCCUACCGCAACAUGGUGCUCAGCAAACUCAACCGGAACUUUAACAGGAAGGCCACGCCCAACGACAAAGUUGAUGACGUGUUCGUCAGUAAACCGGUAUGGAAGGGUAUGCUAAAGGUGCUACAAGCGGUAGUCCACGGGUUAGAGCACACGUACUCCAACUUCGGCCUGGGCGGCAUGGCCUCAGUAUUCCAACUCGCGGAAAUGGCUCACACGCACUAUUGGAGCAAGGAAGUGGCUGGGCUAGAGCAUGGUCUACCCGGUACCAUGGACCAUUACGGCCUGGACACGCCGUCUACUUCGCCUUCGUCGAGAAAAAGUUCGCAAGCAGAUGUGCCUAUCGUAAACUAUCCAGAAAUGGAUUCAUUAGAAGCUCAGAGUACCACGGAGAUGUUCAAGGACAUGUUGAAUCAGAAGAGGAACCUCCUAUUCAGCAAGCUGACUUCCUUCGAGUCCGACGCGGCAGCGUCGUCAGAGUGCUCGGGCGACGAGAGCGGCUCGAUCACCACCAACCGAGCCAAUCUCCUCGACCACCGCGCCUCCUUUAAGUCCAACCUCUCUGACACUGACGUCAUGUUCCUCAAUAUGGGUCGCGGCGCGAGCGGCAAGCCCCGCGCGGCGAGCGUGUUCUCGACCAAGUCGUCGGUGAGCUACCGGCCGCCCGUCGGAGUUCCUACCACCUCGCCCAUCACCUCCCCAGACACCGCGAGGACGUAUCUCUAUCAGGGACUUAUUGGUAAGGAGAGAUCGAACUUAUGGGACCAAAUGCAAUUCUGGGAAGACUCGUUUUUGGACGCGGUGAGUCAGGAGCGGGAUAUGAUUGGCAUGGACCAAGGAGCGAACGAGAUGAUGGAGCGAUACAAGUGUCUGAGCGAGACAGAGCGGAAACGUCUCGAGCAUGAAGAAGACAGACUACUUUCCACGGCGCUGUAUAACUUGACCGCGGCUAUGGUUCUCUUCGGAGUAGAUGCGGAUAUUGUACGAAACAAAGUGCGCCGCUUGCUCGCUAAGAGCCACAUCGGAUUAGUGUACAGUCAAGAAGUCAAUCAUCUCCUGGAUGUUGUGCAUACUUUGCACGGGAACGAUAUAGACCUGAAGCCGCUGGGCUCGCGGCUGCUGCGGCGCGCCACGUUCACGGUGCACGAGGGCGACGCGGCCGGCGAGCUGCGGUUCAUGGAGGUGCGCGACGACGGACUCGUGCUGCGCUCCACGCAAGGUACCAUCGUGGAGAGGUGGUGGUACGAGCGGUUAGUCAAUAUGACUUACAGUCCGAAAAUACGAGUUUUGUGCCUUUGGAGGAAGAAUGGAGGACAGACGCAGCUACAUAAAUAUUACACCAAAAAGUGCAAAGCGCUGUACUACUGUAUCAAGGAGGCUAUGGAGAAGAGCGGCCGGCGACAGGACGCGGCGGAACUAGGGGGAGAGUUCCCCGUACAGGACUGCGCGUCCGGAGAGGGCGGCCUCAUACAGGUGUGCAUGGAAGGCGUCGGACUCCUGUUCCACCAUAGCAAGUUCUUUGUGCGGCUCGAUCAUAUUCGAAAAUGCUUCACACAGAAUGGCGGUAUCUUCGUUUUAGAAGAAUUCAAUCCGAAAACAAGACAAAUAAUUCAAAGAAAGUACAAAUCAAUAAUGGCGGAUCAGAUCUGCUACGCGGUGUUGUGCGUGUUCUCGUACUUCGCGGCGGGGCAGGAGCAGAAGCGCGCGAUCCUCGAGCAAGCAGCGCGCCUGCCGCCGCCGCCCGCGGCACCCGCGCCGCCUCCCAGCGCCUCGCCCAGGAAACUCAGCCCGCAGGUGGAGAGAAGAUCCCCGGUGGGGCGCGCGGCGGAGGCGCGGGCGUCGUUCGCUAAGGGGGAGCCCGGCGCGGAGACGCGCGACACGGGGCAGGGGCGGCCCGGGCCGCCCGCGGCCGCCCCGCCCGGCCCGCCGCGGCCAGGCAGGGACUCGCCAGAGAGAACUCAGCAGGAACCUAUGGACAAGCCCCGGCGCGAGUCAGUGGACCGACCCGCGGGUAACCGCGCGGACACGCCGCCGCGCCGCCCGCCCCCGCCCGCGCCGCCGACGUCGGCGCCGCCCGGCCCUACGUCAGCGCCGCCCCGCCUCACACGAGCUCUCACACACGCGGCAGGCGCGCCGCCCGCCGUGCAUCAUGACCUACCCGCGGUAAACAUUCUUCCUCCACGCGUGGGCGUGGGCCUGGCGCGGCCGGCCGGCCCGCCGCCCGCCCUGCCGCCGCGGCAACACUCCGCCGCUGCUGACCUUACUGCAUCCAAGAUGACGGCGAGCGGACUGCUAGGCGGCGACAGCGGCGGCAGCCCGGCGCGGCGGGGGGCGCAGCGCCAGGGCUCCAUCAGCGCACCCUUCGCGCCCACCAACCCCUUCGCGACGCCCCGACACGCAGAGUUCGUCAUCCCGCAGCGUAACAACGUGCGCCGCUCCUCCACCGCUGACCGAUCUUAAAUAUACCACCACUACAUUUGUGUUUCUAAUUCCAGUCCAAAAGUCAAGUAGUUGGAGCGUUGUUCAUUACCUACUUUGCAGAUAUUUAUUUUGGGAAAGGCGGCAAAAUAAAUCGCUAAAUAUAGGCUCAAUCGUGUCUGGACGAUGUGUGGAAACCAUCCUCGUAAACGAUUGAUACAACCUAGCUAGACCUACUGAUUUCAGGCCGACGUUCGCAUCUCUGACUCAGUCUUGAAAUUAUCUUAUGGGCUUGUUUGAAAUCACUCAAUUUCAAUGAUGACAGCACAUAUCACUCUUCCUCUUUCUGCAUUAGGGCCACAACUACCGUUGUCACAACGAAAGUAAAUUUUCUUACCUCUAAUGAUAUGGAAUUACUACCUUUUGCGUUUCACGUAGAUCCCAAACCGACCUUAAAUUCAGUGUUAGGACAUUUUUCACGUUAAUUUUCGUCUAACAUAACAAAAUCUCACGACGUUACGUUACGUUAGUCGGACACAUCCAUUGCAUGAUGAACUAAGUAUCUAUGCUUCGCCGAGCUUUUUGUUAGACCAAUGUGUUAGGUGAUGAGUCAUAUCGCCGUCUUAUAACGGUCGAACCAACUGAUUGUGAAACUCACAGAAUAGAAAAGGUCCAUUUCUCGUCGAACUGAUUAAAUAUAGGCCCAGUUGAGAGUCAGCGUAAAGUAGGUUGCUAUUUUUGGACUAGAAUUUUAAAUAAUUUGUUUAACCAGCUGCUUACGUUUCAUUUACCAAUAAAACAUGGAAAUUGUGAGCAAGCCUACGCAUUGUUACUUGCCAAAACACACCUAAAAAAUAUGUAGGUAAGUACUUAUUCUACCCAUCACAUAAUUCAAUGUGGUACUUAACCUAAGUAAAUUACACGACUACAAUCGCAGUAUAUUCCUUAUAAAUCAACCCGGCGGUCUUUAUAAGUGAGAUUGAUACAAUACUAUAUGCAAGUAAUCACUCCAUAAUUUUCGCUAAUGCAUUACCUUUUACUGACUCUGUUAUCUAAUAAAUACCACAACAACAGAAUAGUAUUUGUUUCACACCCGUCCGUGUCGUGAAAUAGUAGAUACCAAAAUAUUAUUGUAUAAUAUAGGAAAUAUUUCUGGACUAAAGUUGUCAUCAACGAUUAUUCUGUAACAGAGUCGAUAAAAUAUUUCAUAAAUUCAUUAUCAAAUUAAAUGUAUAACUUGAAAGUGAUGUUAUCAAUAAUAAAUAAAAUAUUAAAUGGUAGGUACUAGACUAAGGCUUUUGCCCCUGCUGUUCCUAGCAAGUGUUGAUACCUACGUGACAUAUUUUUCAUAAGAAGCGUAAUAAUUGUAACAAUAAAGUCACUCAAUUUGUAGAGAAAGAUAUUAUGUUAUUGAAAUAUUUAUAUUGUUAAUUAUUUGUGCUAAUAAAUAAACUACAUUCUG